AUGUCUGUGGACUUCAUUGACGAGGUCUCACAAGCUUUGACCCAUGCUCCGCUCGGGCCAACGGAAAAAGAAUUUGUGUAUCCUGACGAUGCGACAGACCAGCUGUGCGAAACAGAGCCAACACUUGAAAGCUUUGAGUCGUGCAGAAAUGCCAGCUUGCAGUGCUACAAGCGAGUUGAGGAACAUAAAAUGUUGCUUGAAGAGUUUCGAGCAGAUGGUCAAGACUGCGCUGCUCGCGUGGAGGAACAUGAGGUCCGCCUGGGUGUGGCCAGAUCAAAGAUGGACACGCAGGAUCAGCUGCUGACUUCAUUGGGCAAUCGUUUGGAGCUACAAGGUGAACAAAUCAUGUCCCAGGUGCAACGUCACUGCAAUCAGGCUACGCAGAAACUGCGAAGCGAGCUGAUGGCAUUGUAUGAGGAUGCCCUUGGUCAGAUUAGGGAACACAUGGACAGCUCAGAGGAUCGAAGCCGGCAAGAGGCAAAAGGAGCUGCAGCUCGCGGCAAGCAACCAGAGGAUGCUACAGAUGUUCUGGCUGUGGUCCUGCAGAGCAUGGCAACAGCUCAGCGCAGCAUCAGCGAGGUGAAGGAAACCUUGCUGAUGCUAGUGGAGGGGCAUACAGGCGCCAAGAGCGAGGUUCAAGAGCUUCGUCCGACCAUCGAACAGAUUGCAGAUCGCAUAGCUGAACAGGAGUUUGCGUUAUCGUCUCUGAAGAAGAAUAUGGACCAGGUGUCUGCUUCCUUAAAGGAGCGCAUCGAAAAGGCUGAGACCUCUUCAGAACGUGUUACAGGGCUGUUCCAGGAGCUGCGGAAAGAUAUGGCAAGGAUUCUGGCCGAGGAGCCUGGAGUUUCUGAAGACAGGAGACCGGAGGUCAUCUCCCAGGGCGUGAGCGUUCGUCGGGAAAGUCCAGAGGGCCAAAGCCAGACCACCGAGCAAGAGGCUGCAUCCACCAACUUCAAGAUUGAGCUGCCUGAUCAAGGUACUGCCAACAGCUCCCGGCCACUACUUGACUCGUCAAGCAUCUCGUUUGCUUCACCUGGGCUGCCUUCAGAGCCCUCAGACCAAGACGCAUGGAAUGUUAACCCAGUCGAAGCAGACACCCAAAACCGGAGUGGCGUGCAGAGUGCCGGGCAGAGCGGCGAGCAAAACGGCCAGCAGAAUGUUCAAGAAGGGGAGGAAGCCAAGCCUUUCUUCAGCUCAAAAUUGCAUGGGUGGUCAGUCGGCGCUGCUGGUGGGACUUGGCCAACCUACGCUGAGGACAACCAGCUCGAGGUGCUCGAGGCUCCUGCAGCCCCCACCACAGCCCCCGAGGGCCCCGAGGCAGGCGAAGGAGCGAUCUCAGAACAUCCGAAGCAUGCCGAAAGCACCGAGCAUCCAGAGCACCCAAGGUGCGGAUCGAGCGAAGACGAAGCUCAAAGUCAAAGCAACCCAUGCUCUUCAGAUCUUGAUGCGGUAUCAGAGGAACAGGCUCAACAGAGGAGUCAGCUGGCAACAGGAAAAGGCUGCGGUGACGGUGAGCCUGUGGUGCAUUCAAACUUGGAGCCACUUAGCAAACUGGCCAUGGACCUGGACAGCGAACCGGAAGAGACUGCUGACCUCAUGCAGGAAGAAGACGAGGUGCAAAAUGCCGGCUCUGAAUCAAAGGCUACAGGGCAAUCGUCAAGCUCUGCCGGAAAUCAGAACGUGCAUAAUGUACAAAGUGCGGCAGGUAGCCGCAGAUCCUUCCAGCCGCUAACUCUGGUGGACUCCGAUGGUGAGUAUGACGAUGAUGAGUUCGAGGACGACGAUUUGACAAUCGAGAUCCAAGAAAGCAGGAGAAGCAGCUUGAAGAGCCAGGAGUGA